GGCUCCUUCCCUCUCGUCCUGCCCUCCUCUGGGCUGAAAGUGGCUGGAGUUGGAGUCAAACUGUCUCAGAUCUCUGACGGAGCUCACAGUGCUCCGCUGUCUGUCGGAAGAUGUCUCCCCUCGCUGCCCGCCUGCUGCUUCUUGUCUGCCUGGCUUUACCUCUGUAUGGCGUGGAAAAGGUGAGAAAUAGAGGAUACCGAAAGGAUCCUGACGCUGACAAGUUUGGCAGCUGCAUGCAGGGGCCAUCCGGCACCCCUGGCAGAGACGGUAACCCUGGGGCCAAUGGCAUUCCGGGGACGCCGGGCAUCCCUGGCCGUGACGGGCUCAAAGGUGAGAAAGGAGAGUGCAUUAGCGAGAUCUUCGAGGAGCCCUGGAGGCCUAACUACAAGCAGUGCGCCUGGAACUCUCUGAAUUAUGGGAUCGACCUGGGGAAAGUAGCUGACUGUACGUUCACCAAGCUGCGCUCAGACAGCGCCCUCAGAGUCCUCUUCAGUGGUUCCCUCAGACUGAAGUGUAAGAACGCAUGCUGCCAGAGGUGGUACUUCACCUUCAACGGAGCAGAGUGUACAGGACCCCUCCCCAUAGAGUCAAUCAUCUACUUAGACCAGGGAAGCCCAGAGCUCAACUCAACCAUCAACAUCCACAGAACAUCCUCAGUUGAAGGCCUGUGUGAGGGCGUGAAAGCAGGGCUGGUGGAUGUGGCCGUGUGGGUGGGGACGUGCGCCGACUAUCCCAGAGGUGACGCGUCUACAGGCUGGAAUUCAGUAUCCAGGAUUAUCAUUGAGGAACUGCCUAAAUAAAAAAAAUAAAAAAACAGUCGUGCUGGUAUAAAAGUAUGUUAUCUGGCCCUCCAAAAUGAUCAGGUAUGGUUUUUGCUGAGGCACCGCAGCAUCACUGAUGGUAACUUGAAUGUUUUUUUUUUGUUUUGUUAAAAUACUAUACUAGAUGUCAGGCCUGUAAACAAAAUACUGUGCCAUUCUGUCGCCCAGAAAUAAAAACAUUGUACUGUA